AUGGAUUCAAAUCAAACUAGUUCAACAACAAUAUCACCACAAAAGCCCACUUUAAAUAGUGAAACUCCAGAAUUAACAGAAUCUGAUAAGCAGAUCCUUACAUGGGCAAGUAAAUUAGAAUUAGAAAGUGUAGAUCUCAGAGAAAAAUCUUCUUCAUUAUCCAGGGAAGUACGAAGAUGUAGUAAUGUUUUAAGUAAUAAGUUUGAUGAUUUCAAAGACAAAUUAAUUGAUCCAAAGGAAAUUAAAAGUAUUUUUGAUGUUUUAAUGGAUUUAAGUACAAGAGUUAUUGAUCAACAAAAAGCAAAAAUCUCUUCAGCUCAAUUGGAUGAAAUUGCCAAAUCAAUUAUUGAAUUAAAAGAUGUAAAAAAUCAUAAGGAAGAGGGGGAAAAAUUCGGUAAAAUAUUUGAAGAAAUUACAAAAAAAUUUACUCUUAUGGAAAAUUCAGUCAAAUCUGUAAAUGAUCAACUUUCAAAUGUAACAACUAUAUUAUUUAGUAUGAACAAAUCACUUGAAGAUUUAUCCAUAAGACAAAGUGCUUUGGAAGAGUUGCUGAGGACACAAAAUAAUGAAAACGAAAAAUGCCAUCAACAAUUGAAAAAGGAUCAUCAAGAUAUAAGAGAAAGAUUGCUAAAAACUGGAGAUAUGCCUUUUAAAAUUCGUAAAAUAAUUAGUUCUAAUGAUGAUAUGUUACAAGGAACUACUAUUGAAAACGAUAGUGAUUUUGAAAUUGCUAUAUCACCCGGACCUAAUAAUGAGCCUGGUCCAAUGAGUUCGCCAAACCAAAAGAGAAGAAGAGAUUUCAGAAUUCGUGGUUCCAGAACUAUUAUUCCUUGGGAAGAAGUUGAGAUGUAA